AUGAGAUGGUAACAUGAAGUCGAAGAAUUAAAAAGAAAAAAGAGGGACUUUGAUGAAUAGAAAGAUCGACAUUUUUAGUUAACCAAAGGUGACACAGUAACAAAGAUGGAAUAACAUAGAAAGGAGGAAAUUUUAAAGAAAAAGAAAAACAAAUUUUCAGAAUCAUCGAUUGUUGGUAUUUCCUUGGCAAAACGAUUUUUAAGAAUUGGCAGAAAAAAAGCUAGGGCUACAUUAUAAAGAAAUGCCAUCAAAACUUUAACUGGUAUUCAGAGUGUCCCUCAUUUAAGUGAUUCCAAUAGAUCUGACGAUGUUAGAUCAAUGGCUAGUUUUAGAGAAAUCUAGAAUCCCUAAAUGUGA